AUGAGCUUGAGAAAAAUUUGUCACAAAUGGUCAAACUGGCCUGUUUCGAGGCGGUUUCCGGCAACCACGAUGGCGGAUCGAGGCGGCGGUGGGUUGGAACAAAAAGAGGGAAAUGUGGUGGUUCCAACGGGACCAGUGCCGCUCAGUUUGGAGGUGUGUGGUGGCGAUGGUGGAAGUGCGAAGUUGCUUCGGUGGAGAUGA